AUGGAUCAGCAACCUGCCGCGCUUGUCAAACCCAUCAAGCCAGUCAAACCUCGUCGAAGUCACUGCAAAUCCCGCAACGGGUGUCUCCAUUGCAAGCAAAGACGUGUUAAGUGCGAUGAGCAGUACCCCACGUGUGGGCCCUGUGCCAAACGCCAACUUACGUGUGACUUUCGAAGCACCCGGAGCCAAUCAUCGCUGAGCGACUACUUGGGCACUUCACCGCGGCAUUCUAUCUCCCCAAGGUUAGGUACAAACUCUCCAAUUUCGGCCUCAAACGAGAUAUCUCAAAUCGAUUCUGAUACAACAACUCGACUAGUGGAAUUAAAGCUCUUUCAUCAUUUCUCAACGCAAACCUAUCGAACUAUUGCGUUUAAAGCCGCUGAUCAUGUAAUUUUACAAAAAUAUGUGCCUGAGAUAGCCCUUUCUCAUCCUUUCCUGAUGAACGUAAUUUUUGCCAUGGCAGCUUUACACCUUGAAUGGCUGGAUCCCAACAGGAGCAAAUCCUGGCUAAGAAUUGGGUUAAACUAUCAAAACCGUACUUUGGUGAAAUUUACUGGCGUUUUACAAGAGAUAAAUAAGCAGAAUUGUGAAGCUGUGGCCAUAUGCUCCAUGUUUAUUAGCGUAACUUCCUUGGCGGUGCCAGCAGUUACCAGUGACGAAACCUCCGUGGAUCCUUUUUCUGAAAUAUCUAGCAGGCGAAGCUUAUCGGAAGGGAUUAACAAUAUCCUCCGCGCUUAUGAAUCUGACCUAACAACUGGGCCUCUGAAAGAUUGGUUUGAAUCAGUAAUAGAAUGGGGCCGUUGUAAACCUGAGAGGACCGAAGUGACUAAUACUGGUGACAACCCACUAACGACUGAACAAGUUGAAACCUACUAUUCAGUCCUUGAAUCCAUAUCUUGGCUCAAAGGAUACAUCCAAAAGCAUCCAACGGAGAAUCAAGAAGCACUCCUUGAGUCCUGUACUCUGUUUGAAGAUUUUAUUUCCCCAAUAUCACGAAUUAGAAUUGUAACAGGCUCACUAUUUUGGAUUGUUUCAAUCGACAUUAAAAUCAUACAGCAACUGAAUAUAGAUAUAAUGUCGCGGUUAAUAUUCCUGCAUUACGGAGUAAUAUUUCAUGUUCUUCGAGAUAGGUGGUUCGUGGACGGUGCAGGAAAGCGAAUCAUCGCUUCUUUGAUUGAAAACAAUGAGACCUCAGAUUCUGAAGAGUUCAAAAACAUGAUUCUAUGGGCUCGUAAUGUGGUGGGAUUAUGA